AUGUUUCAAAUGCUUCAAACAAACGGCCAAUACGCUGGUUUAUAUUCUGAAGAUCCUCAUUCUCAUCUGCGUUCUUUUAUGGAAAUCAUAGACUCUUUUCUCAUUCCUGAUGUUUCAAAAGAUGCUCUGAGACUAAAACUUUUUCCAUUUUCACUAAGGGAUCGAGCAAGAGCAUGGUACAAUUCUUUGCUACCAGACUCUGUGACUACAUGGAAUGAAAUGGCAGAAAAGUUUUUGAAAAAGUAUUUUCCACCCACGAGGAAUGCCAAAUCCAGAAAUGAAAUAUGUACUUUUAGACAACUAGAUGAUGAAGCAGUUCCUGAUGCAUGGGAAAGGUAUAAAGAGUUGCAGAGAAAAUGCCCUCACCAUGGCAUUCCGUAUUGUAUACAGCUAGAGACAUUUUACAACAGUUUAAAUAUCGUUGCUAGACAAAUGCUUGAUGCUACUGCAGGCGGAGCUUUCACAGUUUGUACCUAUAAUGAAGGUUUUUACAUACUUGAAAAGAUUUCUAACAAUAACGGACAAUGGUCUGACCCACGUGCAAUGCCACUGAAGAAAACAGCUGGAAUAAAUGAGGUAGAUGCUGUCUCGGCAUUAACAGCUCAGAUCACUAAGCUAAUUUCAAAUUUAACAUCUAGCACACAUGUGCAAUCUGAUGCUAAUGCCUUUAAUUCCAAUGUUCAAACUGUACAAUGCGUGUACUGUGGUGAAGGUCACUAUUUUGAGCAUUGUCCUGGAAAUCCUGAGCAUGUAAAUUAUGUCAACAAGACUGGACCAUUUUCACAGACUUAUAAUCCGGGAUGGCGAAAUCAUCCAAAUUUUUCGUGGCAUAGUCCAGCUCUUAAUCCACCAAUGCAAAAGCCACAAGGAUAG